AUGUCUUUUGAAAAGUUACCAGAUGUGGAUACUAAGAAGUCCAAUGAAGACGAUAAUGAUUCCAUAAGUCAGACAUACUCUAGACUCUCUAAACGUUCUACUAUUUUGGAGAGGUUGAGAGGGAAAAGAAAGUCAUCCCCUUCACCAGCCCCAAUGUCUAACUCCAAUUCGUCGACAGGCUCAAUCGCUUCAUCUAUUUUGCCUCCAUUGGCCCCUGUAUCGCUCUUGGGCUACAAAAAGUCAACUAAGCAUAAAUUACUUGAUAAGGAACUCGCUGGCAACAUCAGGAAUUUGAUACCUGCCAGACAUCAGCUAUUUGACGAUUGGCAUUUGGUGUACUCACUAGAACAGCAUGGAAUUUCUUUAAGAACUUUGUAUCAAAACAGUAAUCCAGCACAUCAGAGAGAAGUGAAACGAAAAAUUAAAGAAGAAAAAGGCUUUGCGGAUGGUGUUGUACUGUCAAUGGUAGUGACCUCAAGUGGUACAUCCAAUUUGCUGAACUUUCUGCAUGAAAGGCAUCAUGGAUAUGUGUUAGUUAUUAAAGAUGAAACCAAUGCCAAGUUUGGCUGUUUCCUAAAUGAGCAUUUGAGACCGAUGGAGCAUAAGCGGUAUUAUGGAAAUGGUGAAUGUUUUCUCUGGAAAGUGGAAAUGUAUGAUCCGAGAAAACUAACACAUUCUUCUCUGCAAGGACGAGAGGGGCAUCCAGUACAUGGAGAUGCAGUAGAAGAAAAACAAAAGCAAGAAAAUAAAGAAGGUGACACUGCAACGAGGUUCAAGGCAUUCAUGUAUACAGGUAUAAAUGAUAACAUAAUAUAUUCAGACAAUGGAUUCAUAGCCAUUGGUUCUUCGAACGGAAAAAAUGGUUUAUGGAUAGAUAAGUCUUUGUAUAGGGGAGUCAGCUGUACAUGUGAUACAUUUGGGAAUGAAAUUCUCAAUGGAAAUCCUGAAGGUACUACUGGUAGGUUUAAGAUUAUGGGUUUAGAGUUGUGGCGUAUUGGUGAUUAUGAUUAG